UGCCUAUAUAAACCCUCGUCUGCCUCCAUUCUUCUUCCCCCUCUCCUCUCCUUCUUCCUCUACAUCUUUGUAGUACUUUCUCUCUGUCUCUUUCUCCACAACUCCUUUUCAUUGAUCAAGUAUCAUAACCUUGGUUUUCUGAAUCAACAUGGAGUAUGAAGGCCGCUAUGGAUUGACCCAGAGGACAAAAUAUGAUUGCCUUCUGUUUGAUCUAGAUGACACUCUUUAUCCAUAUAGUUCUGGUAUUGCAGCAGCAACCGGAAAGAAUAUCCAAGAUUUUAUGGUUGAAAAACUUGGCAUUGAUAGGAGUAAAAUUACUGAGUUGGGGAACCUGCUGUAUAAGCAUUAUGGAACAACAAUGGCUGGCCUCAGGGCAAUUGGCUAUGACUUUGACUAUAAUGAGUACCACAGCUUUGUUCAUGGGAGAUUGCCUUAUGAGAACAUAAAACCAGAUCCUGUACUUAGGAGUCUUCUGUUGAGCCUUCCUAUUAGGAAAAUUAUCUUCACCAAUGCCGACAAGGACCACGCUGUUAAAGCUCUAAACAGGCUUGGAUUGGAGGACUGUUUUGAAGGAAUUAUCUGCUUUGAAACUCUGAAUCCCACUCACAAGAGCAAUGUUUCUGAUGAUGAGGAUGACAUUGCUUUUGUGGGAUCAACUGCUACUGCCACCACAGCUAGUACUAAUGGCUCUGGAAUUUUUGACAUCGUUGGGCAUUUUGCACAACCCAACCCAAGCAUGGUGGGAUUACCAAAGACACCCAUUGUAUGCAAACCAUCUGAGUUUGCCAUUGAACAAGCCCUCAAGAUCGCCAACAUCAACCCUCAGAGAACACUGUUCUUCGAAGAUAGCGUCCGCAACAUACAGGCUGGCAAGCGUGUGGGGCUUCACACAGUGAGGAUUGGAAGUUCCCAGAGAGUUAAAGGAGCAGACUAUGCAUUGGAGAGCAUUCACUACAUGAAGGAAGCAAUACCAGAGCUCUGGGAGGCCGAUAUGAAAUCAGAAGUUGGUUACUCUGGCAAGGUUCCUGUGGAGACAUCAGUGACAGCUUAGAUUCAUGGUAUUAGCAUAAAAAAAAAAGAAAAAAAAAAAA